AUGUUGACGGUACCAGAAGCAAUUCCGCCACUAUCAUCACUGCCGCUGAACGAGAGCGACCCCCCGAACUCGGCAUGGGGCCUCUGGGGCACCGGUCCGGACAGUGCACUUGGUUCCCUGAAUUACCUGACUGAUGAGCUCGUAGCCAGGACAGUCAAAGAGGAGGUCCGGACGGGAGAGCGUGUCGGCUUGAACUUGCCACUGGACUUCUUUGACCCUCCGCUGCUUGGAAGAGCAGGCUUUGAACAAAAAGUCAUCGAUAAGGACCCCUUGGUGGUCAACGACGAUGUGAUCUCAUUCAACACACAGGGGAGUUCGCAAUGGGACAGCCUUCGACAUUUCGCCUAUCAGCAGCAGAAGAAGUUUUAUAACGGGACGACUCAAUCUCAAAUCCACGAAGGGCCUCGAACAUCGAUCAAUGACCUGCAAUCUUGGAGCACAAGGUGUCUUGCCGGCAGAGGCAUUCUGAUCGAUUACAUUUCGUAUGCGGAGAGGAAAGGAAUCCAAAUUGACCACUUCACACCGCACGCAGUAACACUAGAUCAUGUCAAGGCUGUCAUGGAGGAGUCGAAGAUCGAGAGUCGGCCAGGUGACGUGCUGUUCCUCCGAACGGGUUAUGCUGAGGCAUACGCGAAGCUUUCGACUGACGAGCGAGUCAAGGUGGCCGGUGUUCGAGAGUGGACUGGCCUGGCGCAGGGCAAGGCUACGACGGAAUGGCUAUGGGAAAGUCAGUUCGCUGCUGUCGCUUGUGAUGCUCCUGGGUUCGAGGUUCGUCCACCCACAGAGAAGGAAUGGCAUUUGCACCCGAUCUUACUUGCAGGCUGGGGAACGCCAAUUGGCGAGCUGUUUGACUUGGAAGGACUGUCCAAGAUGUGCAAGAAGAAUCAGCGAUGGUCAUUCUUCUUCACCUCGGCGCCGCUCAACUACACUGGUGCUGUAGCUUCUCCGCCCAACGCUAUUGCCAUCAUGUAG